AGUUUUCAAUCUUAUGUGUCCAGUGUAAAAUAAACCGAAGGUCAGGAGGUCAGAGGGUAAAGGCUAUUCCCCCAGCAUUCUCGUCAGUAGGAUACACAGCCAUCUUGGAUCUGCGAGGAGAGGGUAAAUUAAUGCGGUGACAAACGGAAUGUUCAGUGCAACUAGAAAGAAGUUUGUUGAGGGGGUCGACAGUGACUACCCAGAUGACCCCAGCAUGUAUUAUCCCCAGCCGUCGAUGUUUCGACCGGAGAAAGACAUGCUGACAUCUCCUUCACCGUCAUCGUCAAGUCAAUUGUCACAGCUUGGUGCAAGUUUGUAUGGACCGCAAAAUACACUAGGUUUCUCAAUAAGGGGCAUGAGUAAUAACAAUCCUCAACUGAACCGGAACUUAACACAAAGCACUCAGCUACCGAGCCAUAGCACCCCAACAACAGGCGUCCCAACAAUGUCCCUCCACACGCCACCUUCGCCGAACAGGGGCAUCCUGCCCAUGAACACCAGAAACAUGAUGAGCUCGCAGGUAGGGCAGGGCAUGGGCAUGAGUGGCAGGACCAACAGUAUGGGCAGCUCGGGCCUGGGCAGCCCUAACCGCAGCUCACCAAGCAUUAUCUGUAUGCCCAAGCAGCAGUCAGCACGCCAGCCGUUUACCAUCAACAGUAUGUCAGGAUUUGGAAUGGGGCGGAGCCAGGGGUUUGGAAUGAACUCCUUAUCCAAUAACAUCUUCAACGGGACAGAUGGAAGUGAAAAUGUGACUGGAAUAGACCUCUCAGAAUUCCCAGCACUCGCAGACAGAAGUCGAAGAGAGGGAAACGGCAACCCAACACCGUUGCAUAAUCCACUGGCUGGAAGGGCACCUUAUGUCGGAAUGGUCACAAAGCCAUCGAACGAACAGUCGCAGGACUUCUCCAUUCACAACGAAGACUUCCCAGCUCUGCCCGGACCCAACUACAAAGACCCAACGUUGAGCACGGAUGAAAGCAAAUCAAGCUUGAACUCAUCAGGCAAAGGCAGCUCAAGCACUGACGGACCCAAGUUCCCGGGCGAUAAGACAUCAUCAGCACAGAAUAACAACCAGCAAAAGAAAGGGAUCCAGGUGUUGCCUGAUGGCAAGGUAACAAACAUUCCCUCAGGAAUGGUGACGGAUCAGUUCGGAAUGAUCGGACUCUUGACAUUCAUCCGGGCAGCUGAGACGGACCCUGGGAUGGUUCACCUGGCUUUAGGAAGUGACCUAACAACGCUAGGACUCAACCUAAACUCUCCAGAGAAUCUGUAUCCCAAGUUUGCAUCUCCGUGGGCUUCUGCUCCAUGUCGACCACAAGACAUUGACUUCCAUGUUCCCUCAGAGUACCUAACCAACAUUCACAUAAGAGAUAAGCUGGCUGCAAUAAAACUGGGACGAUACGGUGAAGAUCUUCUGUUCUACCUCUACUACAUGAACGGAGGAGACCUCUUACAACUCCUCGCUGCUGUGGAGCUCUUCAACCGGGACUGGCGGUACCAUAAAGAAGAAAGGGUUUGGAUCACAAGAGCACCUGGCAUGGAGCCCACGCUAAAGACCAACACUUAUGAAAGAGGAACAUACUACUUCUUUGAUUGUCAUAACUGGAGGAAGGUUGCAAAGGUAAAGGAGUUUCAUCUGGAAUACGACAAGCUAGAGGAGCGGCCUCACGUGCCAACCACCUUCAACUACAAUCCGGCCCAGCAGGCUUUCUGAAUCCGAGUCCAUCAGCGUCCGAGAGCUCCAAGAGCGAUCGGUAGUGACAGCCAGACGACCUGCCCGACUACAAACCUGGUUUUAUUCCUCAACUGUUUGGACAAGGACUGCGGGAGGGGGGGGUGAGGGUCUCCACCUUGAGAACCGGGGGAGGGACCCUGCCUUGCAAAUUAUGUGCUGCCCAAAAACAAAACUACUUCUAUAUAUUUUCAUUCUGUUUUUAAUUCCCCUCUUAUUUUCUUUCUCCCUCCAUUUCAUUUCGAGCAGGGUCAAUGUUUUGUUUCUCCUCCGAUGGGAAGCCCCGUUUGGUGUUUGCCCAAAGUCUAAGUUGCAGUACAGCACACACACACUCUCAUUGGUAUAAAAAGCAGCUAGCGCUUUGUUUUCCGAAGCGCCACGCUUACAAACAGGACAGACACGAUGACAAAUCCAAUACAUGUGAAUACACAAGGGCAAAAGAAAAUGCAAUGUUCAUUGUUGCACUAUUUAGUAAUAAAAGAACACAAAAAUCG